UUCAAGGCCUUGAUAAUGAUCAUGUUUGUCAUCAUAAUCUACUUUUUUUUAUCUUGAAAUUGAUAUGUUUUGUUUCAUUUUCUCCAACUAUAUUACUCUUCUAUUCUAUUCAAUGCUCCUGAAUUUCCUCAAAGCAAAAGCUCCCCUUGCUUCACCAACACUUCUCUCUCUACCUCUAGCUCCUCUCAUAACUUUCCUUCGAGGUCAUGCUACUGUUCAGCCUCACUUUAAACGUUACCUCUCAUUAUCUAUAGCUUUUCCUUGAUGGUAUUGUGAAGAAUCAAACCAGCCAUUUCUUUGGUCAUCUCUGUCCUUUUUCUCCUAUGGAAUCUCUGAAACAAGCUUCUUCGUCUAGGUUCUGCUACCAUCAAGGCUUCUCAGGCGUUCUCCAAGUGUUUGUUCACAACGCAAGAAACAUCCACAACAUCUGCAUCUACGACAAUCAAGACGUCUACGCCAAGUUCUCUCUCACAUACAACCCUGACGACACCAUCUCCACCAGAAUCGUUCAUAGAGCUGGCAAGAACCCUGAGUUCAACCAGAAACUUAUGAUCAAUGUGAACCAGCUCGAUGCUGCGGUUCUCAAAUGUGAGAUCUGGAUGAUGAGCAGAGCCAGACAUUACAUGGAAGAUCAGCUUCUUGGCUUCGCGCUCGUCCCAGUCUCAGACAUCAUAGGUGAAGACAGUGUCACUCAAGACUAUAGUCUCUCUUCCACUGAUCUCUUCCAUUCACCUGCUGGUACCGUGAGGCUCACGCUUUCCAUUGUCAACCCUUCUCUUGUGGCUACUUCAUCCAACCCCAAGGUUAACACUUCGAUUUCCUCCGAGGUUGUGUUGCUUAGCCCACAGGUUUCUGAAACUGUGGAUUACACGAGGAUUGAGUUCCCUGACAUCAAUGUUGUCAACGAGAACAAACAGAUGGUUACAGAGUACUUCAAUGGAAUGGGUGUCAGGUCUGGAACAGCUUCUUUUCUCUGUCUCGGCUCAACUCAUUUGCCAGAAACCGACGUAACAAUGGUGUGCUUGGAAGACAAAGAGGUUCACGGGAAUGGGAGUUUUAUGGCUUCUUCUUCAACAACAACAAGCUUAAGCGACGACAAGAACACAGCUGAUUCAAACGAGAACGAGAAUAGAGAAGUGGCGAAAGCAUUAAGCAGCAGCAAAGAAGGAGAAGAGAAAAUGAAUGUUGAAACGGAGGAAACAUCGAUGCAGAAACAGAUAGCAGAGAUGUAUAUGAGAAGUAUGCAACAGUUCACUGAGUCUUUAGCAAAGAUGAAGCUUCCCAUGGAUCACAACAACAACAGUGAAACUCAGAUUCAGAAUCGGAAUAAUAAUAACGAUAACGGCACUGAGAAGAAAAAAGAAGGCUCCCGUGUCUUUUACGGAAGCAGAGCCUUCUUUUAAUGGAAUCAAGAACUCAUUUGCA